GGGAAAAGAAUACUAAAAUCAACUUAGAACCGAAAAAGACUUUAAGAGAUCGUCUUUCCUUUCCUAUUGAUAAGGAAACUGAGGUUUUGAGGUCCGGAAAAAAGGAAGUGAAAAUUCAAAUAACCAAAUCAAACGCUUUUAUUAAGCACUGUUUACUUUCCAGGCACCGUGUUAGGGGUUGGGAAAGAAAUGCAAAAAACCGAAAUCGUCCCAAUCAUCCGGGAAUCAAAAUUUUGAAAAGAGCUCUGGGCUGAGGGUCCGUACGUCGUGUUUCUUUGGGUCUCUGCCUCUAGCACAUACACAAAAAAAUAACACACACACAAAACCAAACCCACACAAAAGCAAACAAAAAAAAAAACGACACCCAUGCCUGGAAUCGUAACAAUAUCCUAUAUUUUAAGAUGUAAAAGCUUUGUUUAGUGGCUAUAAGUUUUGAAACCGGAGGGUGGCUCUAAAGAUAACACACUCGAUGUUUUGAUUUAGAGUACAGCUACCCGACGUUCCCCAGCGGUGUGACCCGCCUCCGGCCUCAGUUUUCUCUUUUGCAAAAUGGGAACAAUGAAUGGCACUUGCACUUCCCACUUCGCAGGCUGAACUGUUAAAAAAUACUUUUAAAAUGAUAUCCUUUACUCCCCCCCAAUAAGCAAAAAUCUGCCUUGGAAUAAAGGUUCUUCCCCACCGCCUGUCUGCCUGAGCCCUAGUGGAUCGCUGGGACCCGGAGUCGCUCCUCAGCCCCGAGGUGCCCCGCCCGGCCGUGCAGAGACUCCUGAGGCGGACUCCCAGAAACUGGCCCUGUUUCUCCGGGGGAGGCAUUUGGGCGUCGGGUCGGCCCCGCACAAAGAUGGUUGACGGCCCUGAGCACGAGCGGAAGGGGAGUGAUUCCACUUCCGGGAGCAGAGCUUCCGCGGGGCGGAAGGGGGUCGUUCUCGUGUGUCUUCGUCCUUUCCAGUUCUUAUUAGCUACGGCUGCUCAUGAGCAAGCUGUGGAGACGCGGAGGCGCCUCCGGGGCCGCGGAGGGGUCGGAACCCGGAGAAGAGCUGGAACUGAGUGGCCACGGCCACGGUGGCCAUAAGAAGAAGCAUAAGAAGCACAAGAAGAAACACAAGAAAAAGCAGCACCAGGAGGAAGGGCCCGGCCCCCCCCUGCCCAGUUCUGCCUCUGGCCCUGCCCAAGCUCCUGCCCAGCUGAAGCUCAGGAUCAAGCUGGGUGGCCAGGUCCUGGGCACCAAGAGUGUUCCCACUUUCACUGUGAUCCCCGAGGAGCCCCGGUCCCCUUCUCCCCUCAUGGUUGUGGACAAUGAAGAGGAGCCAAUGGAAGGGGUCCCCAUUGAGCAGUAUCGCGCCUGGCUGGAUGAAGACAGUAACCUGUCUCCCUCCCCUCUCGGGGAAUUGGCUGGAGGCCUUGGAGGCCGAGAAGAUGAGGAAGAACAGCGCUGGCUGGAUGCACUGGAGAAGGGGGAGCUGGAUGACAAUGGGGACCUGAAGAAGGAGAUCAACGAGAGAUUGCUCACAGCUCGCCAGAGGGCCCUGCUGCAGAAGGCUCGGAGCCAGCCGUCGCCCAUGCUCGCCCUGCCGGCUGCCGCGGGGGCUCCGAAGCUCACAGAGGAAAUGCUGAUGAAGCGGGAGGAGCGGGCCCGAAAGCGGCGCUUGCAGGCGGCCCGCCGGGCGGAGGAGCACAAAAACCAGACCAUCGAGAGGCUGACCAAGACGGCGGCCCCCAGCAGCCGCGGCGGCCGAGGGGCCGCGCGUGGCGAGCGCCGAGGGGGCCGGCCACCCGCCGCCACGCCCAUGGUCCGCUAUAGCAGCGGAGCGCGCGGCGCCACCCUGUCCUUCCCCGUGGGUGUGCCCACGCCGGCCCCCGUUUCGCCGCCCCCACCACCCCCGGGCCCUCGGCCUCGCUGCUCUGUGCCAGGCUGUCCCCACCCGCGGCGCUACGCCUGCUCGCGCACGGGCCAGCCCCUCUGCAGCCUGCAGUGUUACCGCCUCAACCUGCAGCUGCAGCUCGGGCUGCCGGAGGGCGCCGGCGCUGCCCCGCCCAGCCCCAUCGUGGCCACCUGAGCACCCCCGCCCCCCGCCCCCUUCCCUUGCCCCCGCGACUCGGCCUCGGCCCCUCCCGGCUGGAGGCGGAGCUGGAGGCCUUUCCGCCUCCCCGAAGGCUACCUCACCUCGGGUUCCCCUUUUCCCCACCUCUUGCCCAUGUUGCUGAGCAAAGCUCAGCCAAUCCUUGAGACUUCUCUCGCAAAAAGCAGCCCUCUCUAGCGACUCUGAACACUCGUUGGUGGGCUUGAUUCCCACGAAGGGGGACUAAUGCCUUUUAUUGGUGGUUGGUGCUGCCGAUCACAGUCUUUGGGCGAUUGCUUCUUCACUCUUUGUCUCUGGGCCCCUGUUGUCUGGGUGAGUGGAGGAGACGCGGCAGCGCAUUGGUCUCCGGAAGUGCCUUGUCAGGCUGUUCCCAUUGGCCGAUCCUGAAGAAACGACUCCCUAUUGGUGGCAAUCUGACGCAACUCAGUUGCUGAUUGGCUGGGAGGCUCCAAGGCUCGGUCGCUGUGAGUCCGGAUAGCGAUGGCGGCGGUAGCGGCUAUGGUCCGGGCCGGGACUAUGGUGGUUGCGGUCCGGAAAGCAGUGGCAGGCUGCCCGGCGGUGGAGGUGGCAGUUUCCUGCCCGGGCCUGUAGGCAGCAGCAUGGAGCGGGCCGGUCCCUGGAACGGCAGCCACGAAACUUGGGGUGCUCUCCGGGUGCGGCAGGUAUCGUGAAGCUAAUGCCUGCUGUCGCGACAAGCCGAAAACUUGUCGCGACAGGCGGUCCCGCCCUCUGCCACCUGGCUCCCCCUGGAACUCAGGACACCCGGAAAUGCCCUUUGCGAAACACACUGGGUGUCGCGAUAGGUGUGGUUGAUCUGGCUUCGGUCUUUGUCACCCAUUUGAUUCUAUGACUCAGGGAAGAGUGAUGGGCAUUCCUUGGAGAGGUGGGGGGCAGACAUCCUGCUUCGGAACUCGGCCCAGUCACUCGCAGGGGUCGUUUUUAGCAGUGGGCUUGUGCGGCCUGUUCAGGCUCACGGCAGGAGGCGGAGGCGGCUGGGAGCCUGGAGCUAGGAAGUGGCUUGUGGCCUCCCGCAGAAGGAGCCAGCUCCUCCGUCCCUUGCCGUGAUCCUGCAGUCGCUGGAGCUCCUCUGUUGACAUGAAGCUCGUUUAUCGAGGCCGUUUCAUGCUGGACAGCUCUAAUAAUUAAAAAUUGUUUGCUUAGUCCGA